AUGUUUACCUUCUGCCCCCUCCAGGGCGCUCUUUCCGAGUCGUCGGCAUCGCAGUCCAUUCUCGAGCUUGAUGGAGGUGUCAAGAUCCUGAUUGAUCUCGGAUGGGACGAGUCUUUCGAUGUUGAGAAGCUGCGGGAGCUCGAAAAACAGGUCCCGACGCUGUCCAUUAUCCUCCUGACCCACGCCACGACGUCGCAUCUCGCUGCGUUCGCACACUGCUGCAAGAACUUUCCUCUAUUCACGCGCAUUCCCGUGUACGCGACUCGUCCUGUCAUCGACCUCGGUCGCACCCUCACCCAAGACCUCUACGCAUCGACCCCUCUGGCUGCGACAAAGAUCCCUCACGGUUCCCUCAGCGAGGCGGCCUACUCCUACUCCCAGCAACCGACCGGCGACAGCGACUUUCUCCUACAAGCGCCGACCCCCGAAGAAAUUACACGAUACUUCUCCCUUAUCCAACCUCUCAAGUAUUCGCAACCUCACGAGCCGCUGCCGUCCCCAUUCUCCCCGCCCCUCAAUGGUCUCAUGAUCACUGCCUAUAAUGCGGGCCACAGUUUAGGAGGAACGAUAUGGCAUAUACAGCAUGGCUUGGAAUCGAUCGUCUAUGCGGUGGACUGGAACCAGGCAAGAGAAAAUGUCUAUGCCGGUGCCGCAUGGCUAGGAGGAGCGGGCGGUGGCGGUGCGGAGGUUAUUGAACAACUACGCAAGCCCACCGCACUGGUUUGCAGCAGUCGUGGUGCGGAGAAAGUUGCCCAGGCAGGCGGUCGCGCAAAGCGUGACGAGCAGCUGGUCGACAUGAUCAAGCUUUGCGUCAGUCGAGGAGGCACUUGCCUAAUCCCCGUCGAUUCAAGCGCUCGUGUUUUGGAAAUCGCGUAUCUGCUCGAGCACACAUGGCAGGUCGACUCCGAGACUGAUGACAAUUCUCUAAAGGCAGCCAAGCUCUACCUCGCUGGACGGAAUAUGUCAAGUACGCUCCGGUAUGCGCGAAGCAUGCUGGAGUGGAUGGACGACAAUAUUGUCCGGGAGUUCGAAUCAGUUGCUGACGGUCAGCGCAAAGCAAACGGCGCAGAUGGGAAGACCAAGGAGGCUGUGCCCUUUGAUUUCAGGUAUCUCAAACUGGUGGAGCGUCGAGCGCAGAUCGAGAAGCUGCUCUCUAGCAGUGGCGGCAACGUUCAAUCGGAAGGCAGAGUCAUUCUUGCGAGCGAUGACACUUUAGAAUGGGGCUUCUCUAAGGAUUUGAUCAAGGGUCUGGCAAAAGACUCCAGGAACCUCGUCGUCUUGACAGACAAGCCGCCAAAAUCUCGAGCGGAACAGCCAUCAAUAGCAAGAACCCUGUGGGACUGGUGGACAGAACGUCAAGAUGGCGCCACGGUGGAGCAGACGAGCAGCGGCGACAGCAUCGAGUUUGUGUAUGGCGGCGGGCGAGAGCUGGAGAUUCAGGAGGCCAAGAGACAGGCCCUCGAAGGAGACGAAUUGACCGUUUACCAGCAGUGGCUAGCAACGCAACGACAGCUUCAGGCCACACUGCAAAGCGGUGGUGGAGCAUCAUUGCAGGCACCGGCAGAUGCAGCUGAUGACGUUUCAUCAGAAUCCUCCUCAGACUCUGGCGAAUCCGACAAUGAGCAACAAGGAAAGGCUCUCAACAUCUCAACAACCAUGGGUCAGGCAACACGGAAGAAGGUUGUGUUGACGGACGAGGAUCUGGGCAUCAACAUUCUGACAAAGAAGCGUGGUGCUUAUGACUUUGACGUGCGAGGUAAAAAGGGCCGUGAACGUUCUUUCCCCUUGGUCAUGCGCAGGAGGCGUGACGACCAGUUUGGAGAUGUCAUUCGCCCCGAAGACUACCUCCGAGCUGAGGAAAAGGAGGAAGAUGUACCUGACACCGAAAUGCGUGGCGACGAUGACGAGGACCGACUAGGAAAGAAACGCAAAUGGGAUGAUGCAAGCACCAAGGGCGCCAACAAACGCCAAAAUGCAAAGACAGCUGGAGACGACCGGGAUGGCACGGCAAGCGAGGAUCAUGUGGCUGAUGAGCUGGAUGACGUGGAAGACACUGUCGAGGAAGAGAUACAAGGACCUUCAAAGUUGAUUCUAUCUUCAGAAAAGGUCCCAGUCAACCUGCGUAUCGCCUUUGUCGACUUCAGCGGUCUACACGACAAGAGGAGUUUGAACAUGCUUAUACCACUAAUCCAGCCUAGAAAGCUGAUUCUGGUCGGCGGUACGACGGAGGAGACCACAGCGCUUGCAACAGACUGCAAGAAGGCUCUCGCUGCGCAAAUCGGCGCAUCAGAAGAAACCGUCGUCGAUGUUUUCACCCCGUCCAUGGGCACCUGGGUGGACGCUAGUGUCGAUACCAAUGCUUGGGUGGUCAAGCUGACGGACAGCCUGGUCAAGAAGCUCAAAUGGCAAAACGUGCGGGGCCUCAGCAUCGUCACAAUUACAGGCCAGCUCGUAGCGGAGGCUCUGGCAAAGGAGAAGCUGGCGGAGAAGGACGACGGGGCCAACAAGCGGCAGAAGACGGAGGCGGAGGAUGCCGAUGCGGCCCAGGAAGACGCCGACGCCGAGGUCGAAGUCGUGCCAACGCUGGACCUGCUGCCGAUGAACAUGGCCUCGGCUGUGCGCUCGGUCGCGCAGCCGCUGCAUGUCGGCGACCUCAGACUCACGGACCUGCGGAGGGCGAUGCAGUCUGCGGGGUACACGGCCGAGUUCAGGGGAGAAGGCACGCUCGUCAUCAACGGGGCCGUGGCGGUGCGGAAGACGAGCACGGGCAAGGUGGAGGUGGAGAGCGUGGGCAUCACGGACGCUGCGACGAUGAUGCAGCACCGGAGCACAUUCUACGAGGUCAAGCGGAUGAUUUACGACGGUCUGGCGGUGGUUGCUGGUGCCUAA